GACUGCUUGAUCUUCGCUGCCGCUGCUGGUCCGUCUUCCUUGCGUCCUUCACACCUGAUGAUUGUCAUUGCCCUGCACCCCUCAUACCUCUACCAUGCUUUCCUUCUCCCCUCCAUUCGCACCUACCGUAUGACUUAUAUAUUAUUGAAUGCAUUGCCAGCAUACAUACCUCUUCCCUGGUGGUACAAGACCAUAAUUCUCACGUUACCACGCCACCCUUUGUUAUGAUACCACGUAUGCUGCGCUCGCCCACGCACCGACGUCUCCUUUGCUCGCCCCCACAUUCAUUCAACGCCUUGCGUCCAAAGGACGGCUCAAUCACUGCACGCUCAUUUACCGGUAAAAUAGCAGUAUAUCCCCCAUCUAUUCGUUACCCGAGUAGUAUAUGUAGGUCAAGAGUUCCUGUAUUAUCAUGCUACGUACCCUUUCUUUAUAUCUUCUGCCUUCGCGGAUUUGUUUGCAGUGCAACCCGUUCUCGGGCUUCGUGGUGGUAUAUUGUGGGCGAAAUUGGACAGUGGCUGCGCUUCGC